AGUCCUUAAAUCAGAUAAAGUAAUUAUUGUAGGUGAUUUUAAUAUUCAUGUGGAUGUUAACAAUGACAGCCUUAGUAAUGCAUUUAUAUCAUUAAUAGACUCAAUUGGCUUCUGUCAGAGUGUAAAUAAACCAACUCAUUGUUUUAAUCACACUCUUGACCUUGUUUUAUCAUAUGGCAUUGAUAUUGAACAUUUAAUAGUCUUCCCACAUAAUCCUUUCCUAUCUGACCAUUAUUUAAUAACUUUUGAAUUCAUACUAUUAGAUUAUAAGCCAUUAGGCAAAACUUCCUACAGCAGAUGUCUAUCUGACAGUGCUGUAGCUAAAUUUAAGGAGGAGAUUCCUUCAGUGUUUAAUUCAAUGCCAUGUCUGAAUUUAACAGAGUCCUAUAACAACUUUAGUCCCUCUGAAAUUGAUAAUCUUGUUGAUAGUGCUACAGGCUCACUACGAUCAACAUUAGACUCUAUCGCUCCAAUAAAAAGGAAAUUAUUAAAACAUAGGAGACUAGCACCGUGGUAUAACCACCAAACCCGCCAGUUAAAACAAAUAGCUAGGAAAUCUGAAAGGAAAUGGCGCUCUUCCAAAUUAUCAGAAUAUCGCUCAAAUUGGCAAGAUAAUCUUAAAACUUAUAGAAAGGCCCUCCGUAAUGCCAGAGGAGCCUAUUACUCAGCACUAAUAGAAGAAAAUAAGAAUAACCCUAGGUUCCUCUUCAGCACUGUAGCCAGGCUGACAGAGAGCCACAGCUCUAUUGAGCCACAUAUCCCCAUAAACUUAAGUAGCAAUGACUUCAUGAGCUUCUUCUAUAAUAAAAUUAUUACUAUUAGAGAGAAAAUUAAUCACCAACUGCCAUCAACAGUUAUCAGUGGCUCUCCAAGUUCAGGGACUUCUGUCAGUGUAAAUUUAGAUAUAUAUUUAGACUGUUUUUCUGCUAUCGAUCUUCAUCAGUUAACUUCAAUCAUUUCUUCAUCGAAGCCAUCAACCUGUCUAUUAGACCCGAUCCCAACUAGGCUGCUUAAAGAAGUUGUUCCCUUAAUUGGCACUUCUUUACUGGAUAUGAUUAAUCUUUCUUUAUUAUCAGGAUAUGUACCACAGUCCUUUAAAAUAGCUGUAAUUAAACCCCUUCUUAAAAAGUCCACUCUUGACCCAGGGGUUUUAGCCAACUAUAGACCGAUUUCUAACCUCCCGUUCCUCUCUAAGAUUCUGGAGAAAGUAGUCGCCAAAGAGUUGUGUGACUUUCUACAUAACAAUAGUUUAUUUGAGGAUUUUCAGUCAGGAUUUAGAGUUCAUCAUAGCACAGAGACAGCUCUGGUUAAAGUUAAUAAUGACCUUCUGGCAACAUUAUUAGGAAUCACUCCAUUAACUUUCACUGUUAUGCAGAUGAUACGCAGUUAUAUCUAUCAAUAAAGCCCGAUGAAAUUAAUCAAUUAUCUAAAUUACAAACAUGUCUUAAGGACAUAAAAUCCUGGAUGACCUGCAAUUUUCUGAUGUUAAACUCGAAAUUCUUGUUCUUGGCCCCAAAAACCUUAGAGACUCACUGUCUAAAGAUAUAGUUACUCUAGAUGGCAUUAACUUGGCCUCUAGCACCACUGUCAGGAAUCUUGGAGUUAUCUUUG